UGCACGCCUGUGGUGUGUUCGCAGUAGUUGAACUCAAAUGAGUUCAAAGAGUUUCGGUUUUCUGAAAACUCUUUUAGCAACUAGCUUUUUAACCAUAAAAAACUUAAUAGAUCUCUUUUAAAUACUGACAAAGUUUGUUUGUACGUUUGUUGUCUUCAGCUGCAAUGAACCAUGAAGAGGGAAGCUGUUCACGUCCUAUCCGAGGGGAAGAAAUGGGAGUGGAAGAUGGACGAAUCCCAGACUCUAGUCUCACUUCCUCUUCCAGUUUUGAUUAUCUUUACACUGCAUCAGAUGGAAGAUUGAACGGUGGAGUAUCAGGAGAGGCAUGGAUUGCCAGUGAUGAUGACAAAGAUAAAUGGGUCAAGAUAGAUCUGGGAAAGACCUCUACCGUCACUGGUGUUAUCGUACAAGGCAGAUACGGGUCGGUACAAUGGAUUACUUCUGUCAAGGUGUCCUAUUCGCUGGAUAACGUGAUGUGGACUUACGCUUUGGAACCACAAUGUGGUGAACAAAAAAUCUACGCAGCAAACUACGAUAACAGCACUCCUGAGACCAUACUGUUCCCUCGACCAAUCACUGCUCGAUACGUCAGAAUACACCCAGUCACGUGGCAGGGGCACCAGGCCAUGCGAUAUGAAGUUCUUGGCAUAGCUGAAUAAACGGAAGUUCCACAGCAUGAAG